AUGGCGCCCGUCGUCGCCCCCGCCCAGCCCAAUGGGCUUGGAGUCAGCAAUAAUAUCAAACGUCCCAUACCCCUCGGUCCCCAGACGAACGGGCCCAACUCCAUAAUGCCACCAUCCGCGUCGCCCACCACCGCAUUCAAGAAGCUGGGCGCUGCCAACGCGAAGCAGCAGCUCAGCAUCGUUGCUGACCACCCCAUCUCCGCAACCUCGACUGUCCGCCCGGCAAACAGAAUGCCCCGCGAAGGCACAUUGCAAGCCGGAACGCAUUUGGGGAACAGCGCUGGUCUUCGUGUGGCUCCCGUGAGCAACGGUAUAAGAUCGGCCCGUGGCGCAACAAAGCCCGGUGCUAUUACCGCACCGUAUGUUUUGAAAAAGCAUGCCGGCCGACCGCCCUCCCUGAUUGUACACCUACACCCGACGCAUUUUCGAUUCGAUGGCCAAGACGGCAUGUUCUCGUACCGAUCCCCCAUGUCCAUGUUCAUAGAACACAUCAAGCAGCGCACAAUUCCCCACGACAUCCUUGAAUACCUCAUCCAGGCAGACGUGCCCUUUUACGAUGGCUGCCUCAUCGUCCAAAUAUACGACCACAAGUCCAUUGCGCAGGCCAAGGAUGCACAGCGCCCAGCCAAGUCUAGCCCAACGGGAGGGUCUUCAAUCAAUAAGUACAACCCCUACCUAACCCCGUCGCCCUAUGCUCCAUUUCCAAAGGACGAACAGGGCUCCGCCGAGGAGAAAUUGAAAUCAGAACUCGAGGCCGUGGAUGCGCCGCAAACUGAGAAGGAGGAUGUCAAGCAGGAGGAGGAGGGCCGGCCAGCUUCCGCCUCCGAGGGCCAGAAGUCCAAGACACCACCGAAGCCCAAGAUCUUCACGGUAGUCCUGCACCCGACGCCAGAAAGCCUGCAGCGUGAUCUUCUCAUCAAGGCUACGACGCCGGCAUCCCAGGCGGGCAUGGCCACCCCGGGAUUACCUCCGCCCACGCCUUCAUCUCUUGUUCCGCAGACGCCGACAGCGGGGAGCAUGCCGCCCCCCGCGAAGCGUGUCAAGCGGGAAAAGAUGGAGCUGGAGCCCGGCAAUAUCCACGCAGCAGAAGGACAGAUUCUCCUGGCCACCGCAGAACCACUAAUUCUCACUGCCAAGGCGCCCAGCGUCGAGGCACAGAUUGCGCUGCUGGAAGCCAUGUCAAAUCCCCAGCACUCGGAGCCACCACCACAGCCCAAGACCAGGAAGCGGACCGUGGCCGAGAUGGCUGCGGAUGAAGCUGCCGCUGCCGAACAGGAGCGCUACCUGCUCUUCAUGGACGACCGAGGCGGGACAAACGGCUCCCAGUCUACGAGCGCCACGGACGCCGAUGGCCAGACAGGCGCGAGCUCGUUUGAAUCAAGAUUCGAGCGCUUCAAGGUCAUGGCUGACAUUAAGAGGGAGCAUGCUGAGAAGAAGGAGCAGAAGAAGGAGCAAGAGAGGCUCAAGCAGCAAGAGAACGACCGCCGACUCCAGGCCCAAAAGCAACAGGCCCUCCAGGAGCAGCAGGCACAGAAGCAGCAGCAGCAAAACGAGGAGAAGGCCAGGCGUGAGGCUACGCUGCGCGAGAGCCAGGCCCGCCAGCAGACGACUUCGACCAUGGCGGCAAGCCCCCCGCGCCCGUCAUCCGUGGUGCAGAAUCCAGCCAUGUCGGUACCGAUGGCGCAUAACAUGUCUGCCAGAGGCAGCCAGCAGAGCCACCCCUCGGGAACGCCGCGCAUGCCCCAUUCGACGCCUCAAAUGGCUCAUGGGACCCCCAUCAGCCGAGCGCAGGCCAUGGGUGCUACCCCCCGCAUGGGACAAGCUAGUCCGCCGCCUAACAUGAUGGCGCAGAACUCUCAGAUGGGCCAGGCCCAGCCGAUGAUGAUGAACGGACAGAACAUGCCACAGAAUGCGCAGCUCAUGGCACAGAUGGCUGCGCACCAGCGAGCGCAGAUGAUGAUGCAGCAGCAGCAGCAGCAGCAGCAGCAGCAGCAGGCACAGCAGCAUCAGCAGCAGCACCCCCAGCAGCAGCAGCAGCCGCAGCAGCCACAGCAAGCCGGCAUGCUCUCCCAGCAGCAACUGGCCCAGCAAUACGCCCAGUCUCUGCAAAGCAUGCAUGGCAGCCAGAUGCGCCAGAUGUCGCCACAGAUGGUGCAGAUGCAGCAGCAGAUCGCGAGGAUGCAGCACAUGGCAGGGGCCAACAACAUGCAGCGGCAGUACAAGACGCAGUCGUUCCACAAGGCAUCGCAGUCGAUGCAGCAACAGAUCCAGCGCCAGAGGCAGCAGCAGAUGAUGGUGCAGCAGCAGCACCAGCUGCAGCAGCAGCAGCAGGCAGCCGCGAUGCAGCAAGGCAUGAAUGGUGGGAUGAUGGGGGGAGGAGCAGGGGGCCAACCCGGCGGUCAGUUGUAG